AUGCCUGAAGUUGGAGCGAUUCUUUGCGGAAGUACUGACGUGUUCACUAGCCUGCACGAGAGGUAGCUAGUUAGGUAGAGCCGAGUGACACAGCGGCCGCAUCAGCAGAAUGUCAGAAGGGGACAGUGCUGGUGAAUCGAUCCAUGGGAAACCAUCUGUAAUUGGUAGCUUUUUCACGCGGCUUGGACAGAUCUAUCAGUCAUGGCUCGACAAGUCAACACCGUUCUCAAUUGUACGAUGGGCAGUAACUCUUCUGCUAACGGCCAUUUACAUGAUCAGAGUGUACAUUUUACAGGGUUGGUAUAUAGUCACAUAUGCUCUGGGAAUCUACCAUCUCAACCUGUUCAUCGCUUUUCUAUCACCAAAAGUGGAUCCAUCAAUGCUUGAUGAUGCAGAUGAAGGCCCAGCUCUUCCCACCAAGCAGAAUGAGGAGUUCCGCCCUUUCAUCAGAAGGUUGCCUGAAUUCAAAUUCUGGCAUUCGGCAACAAAAGGCAUUGUCAUCGCUAUGAUUUGCACAUUCUUUGAAGCCUUCAAUGUGCCAGUGUUUUGGCCAAUUCUUGUAAUGUACUUCAUCAUGCUCUUCUGCAUUACCAUGAAGAGGCAGAUCAAGCAUAUGGUCAAGUACAGAUAUCUACCAUUCACACAUGGGAAGAGGACUUACAGAGGCAAGGAAGACACAGGGAAACCUUUUGCUAGUUAAAAAACAAAACAAAAAAAACCCUCCCCCAAUAUUUUUGAAAUUAAAAUGAUCCAAAAAAUAAUAAUUUUAAAGCGUGGUCAGAUGGAUGACAUGGGUCAGUGCUUCUUUGUAAAGGAGAACAAACAGAGAAUGGAAACGAGUUUUGAUCCAUGUUGACAGUGUUGGAUGGGGGGGGGGGGGGGGUGUCCAGGAUUGGUUUAGUCAAGAAAUGCUGCCUUUGUAGGAAAUGGGGGUUUGAGUGAGUCAUCUUCCAUUGGGAUCAGUUGUUUGUUUAGUUGGCUGACAUGCAGUGCCACCUUUUGCCUUGUAACCCUAUAGGGUAAGUAUAAAGUCACCUAGAGGAUUUGGCACUGAAUGGGAUUGCAGUAAAACUAAGUUGUGGAUUAUUGUGGACAAUUCCCUUCAACUACUAAGCUCUGUCUCCAAGUUAAAUAAAUCUGCCAACUUUUGACAUUGUACCUACUUGUUUGUAACACAUUUAUUGGAAAUUACCUAGAUUUAGAGUGAAAUAACCAAAUUAGAUGUAAAUUAAAAUUUAAGUAAAAAUGUAAGUUUAUGAAUGAUUUCUCUUGUGAUCAAGUGUACUGUUGCACUGGCUUGAGAGGCUCCCACUAAAAUGUCCUUUGUACUUCAUGCUGUCAAUUUUAGUGAACAUGCAUACACUAUGAAGGCUGCCUAUCAUAACCAUUCAUUUAUUAUUUCAACAAUUAUUAAAACACAUUCACAGUUAUCUGCUGUUUUGGAUAGAAGACAACUUCCUUACUGCAUAGUUUUCCUGGAAUUGUUAAGAUUAAGAGCGAUUAUGAUGGGCUUCAUGUCAUAUUUUAUCACAUGAUGCAUAGUUCAAUGUUGGUGGCAUCAGUAGUUGCAUUACUGCUUCCAGUAGAUUAGAGUAUGUUUGUGUUAGUUCCUCUGCUUUUGUGUCUUGUAUUGUUCAACCAAAAGAGAAAACUGUCUGUCCGCACUCCUGGAAACUAUCCUAGGAUUUUGCAUCAUGGUCCCUGUUAAAUUUAUAACCAAAUUUCUUUCAAAUGUAUAUUGUACAUUUUACCAAUCCAAGAUACACACAUCAAGUCCACAGGCUUUGACACUGCAAUGAAACCAUGUGUGUGUUCAAGCUAGGGGUACUUUCCAUGGAAAUCUAGUAGCAUGUACAUUCUUACAUUCUGUGUUUAUUUAGAAGCUGAUGCCAAAAAUCAAAUCAUUCCAAACAAAUAUAUUCUCUCUUUCUCUUCUUUUGCAGAGGACACAUAAGAAAAUUGAGAUUGAGAGAUUUUAAUGUAACAAAUGGAUGAAGGGGGUUGUGAACACGUUUUUCUUUUUCUCUCUCCACCCCAAACUUUUUUGGCAUUUUUAUCAGUAUGCUGGGGAUCUUAUAAGUGUGUGCAGUAGUAUUUUUGGUAACCAGAGACAUUUUGGAAUACCUUGAUCAGCACUGUAAUAAAGGAUCAAAACAUUUUUUCCUGUAAAAAAGAAAAGAGUUCAUUUUGUUUAAAAGGGUUGUCUUGAGGAUUUAUAUAUUUUAAAAGAUCAAACUGUUUGAUUAUUUUUACUUGUUUAUUUUCAAAUCACAAGACUAUUUUCAGUUGUUGAACCCAUCAUGUUAUUUGAAACAAAUUAAACAAAACCGGUAAUUAGACUCUAGAUUUGUGUUUCCCAUGGACUACAUUGCAUGUUCUUGGUUUCUCUUGUGCUAAAGUUAAAAACAUGAUUUUAAUAACUAAGUGUAAUUUUUUCACUCCAAAUGCUAUUAAAGAGACUGUGUCCCUUCCAGCAAAG